AUGCUAGUAGAACACGCGGCACAGUGGACUUGGCAAGCGAUGGGUGGUACGAGAAUCGAGGUCCUCUGUACGUUGCUCGUGUUCCUUGUUGUGUUAUUGGUGGCAAGGUGCUUGCAAUGGCUUAGAUACGUGCGUUCCCUGCCUCCGGGUCCUUGGGGCGUACCCGUGUUCGGUUACCUGCCGUUUUUAAAGGGUGACGUUCAUCUUCAGUACGGCGAACUCGCGAAAAAAUACGGCCCUAUGUUCAGUGCCCGUUUAGGAACGCAACUGGUGGUCGUUCUUAGCGAUCAUCGCACUAUACGCGACACAUUUCGUCGAGAGGAAUUUACUGGACGACCGCAUACAGAGUUCAUCAACAUCCUUGGUGGAUAUGGUAUUAUCAACACCGAGGGUGCUAUGUGGAAAGAGCAAAGAAAAUUUCUUCACGAUAAACUCAGGAGCUUCGGCAUGACCUAUAUGGGUGGUGGAAAGAAAGUUAUGGAAUCGAGAAUCAUGCGCGAGGUUAUGACGUUCCUUCGUGGUCUGGCGUCGGGACGUGGUGCUCCGAUGGAUGUUUCGGCCUCCCUCGGAAUGUCUAUCAGCAACGUGAUUUGCUCGAUCAUAAUGGGAGUGCGUUUCCAACACGGCGACACUAGGUUCAACAGAUUCAUGGACUUGAUCGAGGAAGGGUUCAAGUUGUUCGGAAGUAUGGCCGCAGUGAAUUUUAUCCCUGUGAUGCGAUACUUGCCCUGUUUGCAAAAAAUACGAAACAAACUAUCGGAGAACCGUUCCGAGAUGGCAGACUUUUUCCAAGAGGCGGUCGACCAGCAUCGCGCGACUUUCCACGAGGGUACAGUUCGAGAUUUGGUCGACGCGUAUUUACUCGAGAUCGAGAAAGCAAAAGGAGAAGGUCGAGCAGCAAUGCUUUUCCAAGGAAAAAAUCACGAUCGUCAAAUGCAACAAAUUCUUGGAGAUCUGUUUUCUGCUGGCAUGGAAACAGUAAAAACUACGCUGGAAUGGGCGAUAAUCUUGAUGCUACAUCAUCCGGAUGCCGCGACCGCGGUACGGGAGGAACUAGAUCAGGUGGUAGGAGACUCUAGAAUGCCUGCUCUGGAGGAUCUACCGUUCUUACCAGUCACGGAAGCAACAAUACUCGAAGUACUCCGAAGGUCGAGCGUAGUACCUUUAGGCACCACUCACGCAACUACACGGGAUGUAACGUUAGAUGGUUAUACAAUACCGGCUGGAUCGCAAGUGGUACCUCUGUUGCACGCGGUACACAUGGAUUCGAAACUUUGGGAGGCGCCCGAGGAGUUUCGGCCAAGUCGAUUUCUCUCGGCCGAAGGUAAAGUCCAGAAACCGGAAUACUUUAUGCCUUUCGGUGUCGGUAGACGUAUGUGCCUGGGCGAUGUGUUAGCACGCAUGGAAUUAUUCCUGUUCUUUAGCUCGUUGAUGCACACGUUCGAAUUGAGAUCGCCGAACGGCGCCUCCUUGCCGAGCUUGCGCGGCAACGCCGGUAUUACCGUCACCCCCGAUCCUUUUGACGUUUGCUUAGUACCAAGAAAUCCUGAGCUUAUCGAGGAAGCGAGCAGCGAUCCGAUUUCCCCUGGUGCCAUUUUACGAAACAUCGGGAGUCAUUGAGAACUGUCUCGGUUCUCUUUCGCGCUCCAUAACGAUCAACGGAGCACGGUAGUCGUUCCUAACCCGGACCCAGUCCUGGUCCC